CUUGCCAGUGAUUGAAUAGACUGUUCUGUUCUUCCAGCCCUACACCUUCCUGCUCUAUCCCCUCCCAUCUGAUCAUGUUGACAUAUUCACACGGCAUUAUGUAGUAGUGAUGCUUUGCUGCAACAUUACAGCUUCCGACACCUUCUUUUUAUAACUCAACCCUGUCCCCAUCCACCAGACCUGUCAAAACCACGCCUAUGGAGCCACACAAUUGGUCCAAAAGCGUCAAAGGGCCAAUCAACUGGACUCCUUGUAUUGCCACAACACAUCCCUAGGACCUGGUGUAAGGAGCCUACAUUCACACUGAGAAUACUUGGAGCUGGGAGGCUCUCUCUCUUUCUCUCUUACACUGUCUCAUUCUGUCUCCCCUCUCCCUAUCUCCUUUCCUCUCUCGCCAGCUACUGAAUAGACAAUUCUCCAAACAGAGAAGCUGCUUACCUUAUUUAUCAAACAGGACCCAGAGACUAGCUGCUUCUAUUAAAGGGGGAAUGCACACAUUGUUGCACUGAGAAGAAACACACAUCUUGCUCUUAUUGUCUUACCUUGUUGCAGAGCUGGGAGCAGGAAGGUGGAAAGUGGCUGCUUUGCAAAGGACACAGGAUUUGCAAUAACUUCUGCAUCUCCAGCUCUGAAGGUGGACUUUGAAGGAGGGAUCUUGGCUGUGACCGAGCUGGGAUUUUUAUAUUGAGUUUCUUCUUCAUAUGAAUUGGCAACUCCAGUCACCUGGCUUUGUUAGUAAGAGAGAAAUUUGCCAGCAGUCUGUUUUUACUGUAUUUAUUUACGUUUCGGACAGUGUGAGUCUUCAUCAUGUCCCUGUAAACAUUCCUCACAUUUGACUGAGCCAUUGCUGAGCUGUUUAAAGAGUUGGAGUGGAUGAAUUUACCCAUGAGAGAUCCAGUAAUUUCGGGGUCAAGCAUGGCUUAUCACCCAUUCCUAUCCCACAGAGCACCGGACUUUGCAAUGAGUGCAGUUCUCGGCCACCAAUCUCCAUAUUUCCCAACUCUGGCAUUGCCACCCAAUGGGACUGCACUUUCCCUUCCUGGUGCCCUGGCCAAGCCCAUCAUGGAUCAAUUAGUGGGUGCUGCAGAGACUGGCAUCCCCUUUUCUUCCCUGGGUCACCAGUCUGCUGCUCAUUUGAGGCCUCUCAAAACUCUUGAACCAGAAGAAGAAGUUGAAGACGAUCCAAAAGUGCAUCUGGAAGCCAAGGAUCUAUGGGAACAGUUCCACAAAAGGGGAACAGAGAUGGUCAUCACCAAAUCUGGGAGGAGAAUGUUCCCCCCAUUUAAAGUGAGGUGCACGGGCCUGGAUCAGAAAGCUAAGUAUAUCCUUCUCAUGGACAUAGUGGCGGCUGAUGACUGCAGAUACAAGUUCCAUAACUCCCGCUGGAUGGUGGCCGGCAAGGCAGACCCUGAGAUGCCCAAAAGGAUGUACAUCCACCCGGACAGCCCGGCCACGGGGGAGCAGUGGAUGUCAAAAGUUGUGACUUUCCACAAACUCAAACUCACCAACAAUAUCUCUGACAAACAUGGAUUUACUAUUCUAAACUCAAUGCACAAAUAUCAGCCUAGGUUCCACAUAGUGCGGGCUAAUGACAUUUUAAAACUCCCCUACAGUACAUUCAGAACCUAUGUGUUUCCCGAGACUGAGUUCAUUGCAGUGACUGCAUACCAGAACGAUAAGAUCACUCAAUUAAAAAUUGAUAACAAUCCGUUUGCCAAAGGUUUCCGUGACACGGGCAAUGGCAGAAGAGAGAAGAGGAAACAACUGACCCUCCAGUCCAUGCGGGCCUUUGAUGAGCACCAUAAGAAAGAUAAUGGCAGUUCGGACGAGUCAUCUAACGAACAGACUGCGUUUAAAUGUUUCCCCCACACCUCCUCUCCCAGUGCAGCAGCAGUGGGCUCUUCAAACCUGAAAGAUCUGUGUCACAGUGAGGGGGAGAGUGAUGAUGAGAGCAAGGAUGAAGCCAUGCUAGAUGCAACUGACUCUGCCAAAAUCUCCACUACAACUACAGGAGAUGUGAAGGAAAGAGGGAGCCCAGCCAGUGCCUCUGUGCUCUCCCCAGAUGUGGGGAGCAGGAGCAGGGAGCAAAGCUCCAGAGCAGAGAAAAGCUCCCCAGACUCCAGACAAAGCCCAGGACAUAUCUCCUCCAGCAGUAGGGUUCUGAGUGUGGAGGAUCUAAAAACCCCUGGCAGGGAUACACACAAACUGGAUGAGCCCAAGAUCCACAAGGAGCCCUACCCUCCAUUAACUGUACAGACAGACAGUGGCCCUCACCAUUUAAGCCAGGGACAUCUGCAGAACUUGGGAUUCCCUCCAGGGUUAACCGGACAGCAGUUCUUUAACCCCUUGGGUGCUUCACAUCCACUGCUCUUUCACCCCAGCCAGUUUGCAAUGGGAGGAGCUUUCUCCAGCAUGGCUGCUGGCAUUAACCCAAUGUUGGCCACCGUUUCUGGAGCAACACCAGGGGUGAACAGCAUAGAAUCAGUCAUGGCCUCAUCCUCACAAGGACUUUCUGCAGCCUCUGCAUUGCCUUUCCAUCUCCAGCAGCAUGUCUUAGCCUCUCAGGGCCUGGCUAUGUCCCCAUUUGGAGGUCUUUUUUCCUACCCAUACACCUACAUGGCUGCAGCAGCAGCAGCUUCAUCAGCUGUCCACAGACACCCUUUCCUUAACGCUGUCCGUCCCAGGUUGCGAUACAACCCCUAUUCAUUCCCAAUGUCAAUUCCAGACAGCAGCUUACUGACCACUGCCCUCCAUUCAUUACCCAAUGGCACCUUGGAUGGGAAGGCCACCAGUCUGGUACCCAGUCCUGCCACAGCAGCUCUGGAUUCUGAACUGACCAGCAGAUCAUCAACUCUCUCUUCUGGAUCUGUUUCCUUAUCCCCUAAAUUGUGUCCAGACAAGGAGCCUAGCAGUGAACUGCAAAAUAUCCAACGCCUUGUGAGUGGACUGGAUUCUAAGCAAGAGAGACCAGGAAGUUCUUCACCCUGACCCUAUCCUGCAAAAUCUAUGUCUGGAGAGGGAUGGGAUGUUUCUAGUUGUCUCAUUCCAAACUCAGUUUUUUUUGGUUUUUUUCAGUGCACUUUUAUUUUUGGUUCCACAAAAAUAAAAAAUAAAAAUCCCUCCAACAUUGACCUCCCCCCCCCCCCUCCAAUACGCAUACACAUAAAGUUUAACUGAACUAGGACAGUAAGAAGAGAUUCCUUGUAAGCUGCUAAUCUUACAAUAGCAUGAUAUACACUAUAACAGCCUUUUCAGACUCCCACAGGGCAAGUGUAUACCUGCAUGUUUUGUAACAACCUCUGAAAAGGGUGUUUUCAUUCUGCAACCAGAGAAUGCAUCUACAUAAAAAAAGCAUCUUUGAAAAAAAAAAAAAAAAGGAAAAAAAAAAAAAGACAUAUCAGUAAAAAUGUAAUUUAUACACAUAUUUGAUUUUGGCUAGUCAUUAUGAGAUAAUGGCCUUAUUAGUGUGCAUUAAGGGAAGAUAGUAUAUUUUAUUAUUAGGUUUGCUCUUUUUCAGCCAGAGAUGGCUUUUUGCAUGUUAAACACUCAUUUCCUUUGCUAGUUUUCUAAACAAGCAGUUCAUAUCAUAGGAAGAGCAGACAAACCCAUCCUCUUGCAACAGAUACAUUAGACAAUAAAUCAGAACGCUAAAAAGAAAUCAAUCGAUUU